AUUUUGACACACGCAAACUGCAUGCAUAGAGUUGCAGAUACAUCAAAGAGAUUACGUGAUUUUGACCAAUAUUUCGGAAAUUCUGAGUACAUAUUUCAAUUUCCAAUAACAAAGUGAGCAUUAAAAUCAUUCAUCUAAACUUCAAGCUGAAGUUAAACUAAUUGUGCUCUGAAAACGAAAAGCGAUUGAAAAUGCCAGCUGUUCCCGGAAGCGUGUACGGGCAAAACCAACAGCCGUCAUGUGUUGAUCGAAUGAAAACAGGAUUCACAAUCGGAUUUUGCGUGGGAAUGGCCAGUGGUGCAUUGUUUGGUGGAUUCUCGGCGUUGAGAUAUGGCCUACGAGGAAGAGAGCUGAUAAACAAUGUCGGUAAAACUAUGAUACAAGGUGGAGGCACAUUCGGCACCUUUAUGGCAAUAGGAACUGGAAUUAGAUGUUAGUGAAUAAUCUGUAAGUUACUGAGUUGUCGAAGCAUUUUUGCGUUUUAGUAUGUAAAACAGAUUGACUAAUAGGAAAAUUAUAAAACUAAUUUUCUUGGGCCAGUCUAAUGUGAAAUCCAAUUGAAGCGGAAUAUGAUAAAUGUUUGACAACAAAAUUUAAAUAUUA